AGAAGGUUCGUGUGGUGUAUGGCGAUACCUCGCUCCAUUAUCCGAGCUCUGACACCAAGAGUGCGAGAUUGCGUUCGUCGCGAUCGUGUACGCGCGCCCGUGAAUGCGCGGUCCGUUCGCGAUACCGAGAGAUGCGUUUCGUGCGAGGCGUGAGCCAGAAUCGCAUACAGACAGAUCGUUCGUCUGGUUCGUCUUGCUAAGGCCAGCAGCAGCAGUAGUGCAGCAAGCAGCAACAGUAGCGGCGGCAGUGGCGGCGGCAGUAACAACAGUGGCGGAAUCGGCGACGGUUCAUGGUAGUGGCGGCGACUGGAUUGCGACUCGCGACGUGGAUUUGUGGUGCCGGUGUUAUUCCGGGGGAAAAAAACGACCGUGCCAUGCAUACGAUUUUGUCGUCGCGUCCGCUAUAAUGCGCUGGUCCAAAUGAGAGAUCAAAGAGAUUUUGCCACAUGCUCCGUCCAGUACUAUAUAUCAAUGGUUAGACUAUAUUUGGAUUAAGAAUAAUUACUUGCCACGAAAAUCCAGUGGUGCUGGCAUGAUAAAAUAAGGGAAGCGAAGGAAAUGAGCCACAAUAUUGCGGGCAUGCCACCCUUCACAAGGAUGCCAUUGGGGGGUAUGGGAAUGGGUGUGAAUAUGGGCCCCAAUGCCCCACAUCCUGACUCUUCUGCUCAUCCCCAUCCACCACCGCCACCACCAGCUGGUGCUAAUCCUAAAAAGAAAAGGCGUACAAAUGCAAGUGUUGCUCAACCACCUCCGCAACAACCUCCAUCUGUACAGGACCUAUUACCUCCACCCUUAACUGGUUACGGUGACACAAUAGUAGCAAGUAAUCCUUUCGAUGAUACGCCACCACCAACGCCGCAAAGUCCAAUGAUGCAUGGUGCGCCUUCACAUAUGCAUCCUCAUCAUCCACAUCACAUGGGUGGUCCUCCUAUGCGAGGCAUGAGCCCUUUAACUACGAUAGGUGGCAUGAGUCCUAUGAUGCCACAUAAUAUGGGUAAUAUGAGCCCUAUGGGUAAUUCACCCAUGACAAAUCACAUGAAUCAUAUGGGAGCUAUGUCUCCUAUGAAUCAUGCUCCUAUUGGAGGCAUGAGCCCUAUGAAUAACAUGGGUCCAAAUAUGCCUCCUGGUCCAAUGAACACCAUGAAUAAUCAUAUGAAUAUAAGCCAUAUGGGAAAUUCGCAACUAAGUGGACCACCUAUGGGUAGUCCGAUGAAUAAUAUGAACAGUGGACCUAUGGGUAGCCCAAUGAACAACAUGGGUCAUAAUAUGGGCAGUCCUAUGGGUGGACCUUUAGGAUCUCCAAUGAACAUGGGAGGAUCUAAUCAUAUGCCUAAUGGACCAAUGAACAUGAAUAACAUAAAUAGCCAUAUACCGCCCAACAGUCCAUUAAAUGGGCCAUCACUAAACAAUGUAAACAGCCCACUGGGACAUAAUGGAUCUCAACCUCAUCCGAAUCAUAUGGGAAAUAAUCUUAACAACUUAGGAAGACCUAUGAAUGGACCUAUGACCACCAUGAGUUCGAUGGUAUCGAACAACAUGAAUAUGACUGGACCAAAUCAAAUAAAUAAUAUGAAUAUGGGUGGUCCAGGAAUGAGUAGUAUGUCCAAUAUGAAUAUUAGCCAUCACAAUCAAAUGGGAAGUCACAUGGCAGGUCCAAUGGGCACAAUGUCCAACAAUAUGGGUGGUGGACCACCUAUGGGACAUCCUAUCAAUUCUAUGGGAGGGUCUAUGCCACCACACGGGUUUCAAGGUCCACCAGGAAUGGGUCCAAAGCCAAUGCCAAUUUCUGCGGGCAAAAUAUAUCCUCCAGAUCAAUCAAUGGUAUUUAAUCCACAAAAUCCUAAUGCACCACCGAUUUAUCCCUGUGGAAUUUGUCAUAAAGAAGUACACGAUAAUGAUCAGGCAAUUCUGUGCGAAUCAGGUUGUAAUUUUUGGUUUCAUAGGGGCUGCACAGGAUUAACAGAAUACGCUUAUCAAUCAUUAACGCAAGAGGUCUAUGCAGAAUGGGUGUGUGAUAAGUGUUUGCAAUCGAAAAGCAUACCCCUGGUUAAGUAUAAACCAUAACACUUCGUGUCCCGUCGUUCGUGCGACGCUCCAGUGACUAUUUGUUAGCGUUUAUAUGUGGUACACACAUAUAUGCGUGUGCGAUUGUGCACACAGCACAUAUACACAAACACCCUAGCACAUGGUAAAUAUUAAUGCAUGUACGAAGUCGUGCAUUCAACAUAAAAAUACGCUGUUUGUUAAUACCUUAGCUUUAACUUGUUGAA